GGAUAAUCAUUUUCUUUCUUUUUUCCAUGGAUGGGGAUAGAAAACCAACCGAAACCCAGCGGAAUUCGGACAUUCGGUGGGCAGCGGGUGCGCGAGUUGCAGAGGAUCGAGAGGCAGAUGAGGAACCGGGCUCUGCUCCGCCGUUAGCCUGCCGCUGCGCCGCCCCCGCCGUCGAUGGCCGCGCCACGGCCGGUCCCUGCAGCUAUCCCCCACACCCGCUUCUCCACUGGCACCUUACCACCCCAUGGCGUGAUCCGAUGAUAGCAACAAGAGCGCGCCUUUCCCUCUCCCUGACGGCGUCGUCCACCCCGCACGGCGCGCGCACCAAGAAGAGGAAGAAGUUAUGUCCCCCAACCUGGACAGCGCUAUCAAGACCCAGGUGCCGGCGCUGCUCCUGAGGCGCCGUUACGGCGCGGGGCGGUGGGAUGAGGUCAAGCAGCUGCCGCGCUCGCCGGUGGGGAGGCGGCGGGUGUUCGUGCAGACGGAGACCGGCUGCGUGCUCGGCAUGGACCUGGACCGCGGGGACAACGCGCACACCGUGAAGCGCCGGCUGCAGCUCGCGCUCAACGUGCCCACCGGUGAGACCUCGCUCACGUUCGGCGACCGCGUCCUGGAGAACGACCUCUCUUUCGUACGACCUGACUCUCCGCUACUGCUCACCCGGAACAGCAUCAACCGGAGCUGCUCCACCCCGUGCCUCUGCCCAGUUUCCAAGGACUUCGAGCAAAAGGACUGCAGUGGUUUGGUCGAGAUACUUGGGCGCUCAAGCAGCUGUGCCCGGGUGAAGCGCCUGGUCGACGACGUGGUCGCUGCCAUCAGGAGCGGCGUGGAUCCGGUCCCCAUUGACUGUGGCCUUGGUGGCUCAUACUACUUCAGGAAUGCCGUCGGUGACAGGGUUGCCAUUGUGAAGCCGACGGACGAGGAGCCCUUUGCACCAAACAAUCCAAAGGGUUUUGUCGGGAGAUCGCUUGGCCAGCCGGGACUGAAGAAAUCUGUGCGAGUAGGGGAGACAGGAUUCAGGGAGGUUGCGGCAUACCUGCUGGACCAUGAAAAUUUUGCUAAUGUUCCUGCAACGGCGCUGGUGAAGAUAACACACUCCAUUUUCAAUAUAAAUUGUCCAGUGAACGGUGGAAAUACAGCAGCAGCUCAUGACCAGAAGCAGCAAGUUAACAGCAAGAUUGCUUCAUUCCAGCAGUUCAUCGCUCAUGACUUCGACGCGAGUGAUCACGGCACGUCAAGCUUCCCUGUUACCACCGUUCAUAGGAUCGGCGUACUAGAUAUCAGAAUUUUCAACACUGACAGGCAUGGCGGUAACGUGCUGGUGAGGAAGCUUAACAGUGGCACAGGCCGCUUUGGUUACCAGACAGAGUUGUUUCCUAUUGAUCAUGGCAUGUGCUUGCCGGAGAACUUGGAGGACCCUUAUUUCGAGUGGAUACACUGGGCGCAGUCGUCGAUUCCAUUCUCCGAGGAAGAGCUCGAGUACAUCAGAAAUCUUGAUCCAAUGAAGGAUGUUGCGAUGCUGCGCAGAGAACUUCCUAUGAUACGCGAGGCCUGCCUACAUAUCCUGGUCCUGUGCACAAUGUUCCUUAAGGAGGCCGCGGCUUUUGGGCUUUGCUUGGCAGAGAUAGGCGAGAUGAUGACCAGGGAGUUCAAAGGGAUGGAGGAGGAACCAAGCCAGCUGGAGGUUGUUUGUAUGGAGGCCAGGAAGAGAGUAGCAGAGUGGGAGCCAUUCUCUGCCAUGGCCGAACAAGGAGAGGAUAUGGAUUUCCAGUUCUCGAUGGAUAUGUUAGGAGAAUACAAUGAUGUAAUGCGAUCCCCAGGGUUCAGUGGCUCAGGCGUGAAGGGGUCUAGUUUCAGAAGCCCUCUGUCCAAGCUUGUCGAGAGCGUUGAUGAGGGCAAUGACGACCAUGAAGACCGAAACGAGUCCGAUCGUGUCUUUUAUGCUGGAUUGAAUACACCCAGCGUUCCUAGCAAAGUUACAGGUCAGAAUGGCAACGCUACAAGAAGUGCCAUGAACAGGAGUGCGGAUGAACAACUUUCAUCAAGUAUGUGCUUUGUCAGGCUGUCAGACAUGAGUGCAGAGGAGUGGAGUCUCUUCCUUAAAAAGUUCCAGGACCUGCUGAAAGAAGUGCUGCAGGAGCGGGCAAGGGCAGCUGCAGGUCAAAGGAUGAAGCAAAGGCUGGGCACUUCAUGCAAGUUUUGAGUAGGGCAAUAGCGCAGCAGAGAAGAAAGUAUAUAUGGCUACUUGUAUUGCUUGCUUAUGGAGUGAGUACAGGACGAAGAUAUCAUCAUAUGAGACACCUUCAACUUUGUGCAACGAUCUGGGAUGUAACUGUUAUGCAUCGGAUACACAGGAUCAAAAGGAUAGUGGGUGUGGAGAAGUGCUAUGCAUGUUUAUUAACUAUGUUUAAGAAGGGAAAUAAUUAAUAAUAAAUGCGUGUCAGCCUGUGUAUAUUGGUUUGAUGCUAGAUACUGUGUGAAAUCUCUUAGCUGCUGCUAAACAUUCUUUGUAGUUUGUGCUGUGAGCAGUGUAAAUAUUGCAUUUUCUAUGUAAAUGCUUAAAUGGUGUUGAAUAUCUUGGAUGUGGUCAUGGUUGCUUGGUA